CAUCUCCCCCAUAGGCAGACCAUAGGGCAGACAAAGAUGGCUGGGACCUUUGAGAAAGACAAUCUUAUUUCACUUGAUUGAUUGACUAUGUCACAAGCUACAAAUCGCGUCGAUUGUCCAAUUUGUGGACGCUCGUUCUCGGCCGCUUUUGUGAACGAACAUGUGAACAAGUGUUUGAAUGCAACUCAAGCAAGUCUGUCUCCAUCGGCAGGCGGUCAAAUCGAGGUUGAUUCGGGAAACAAAUCAACAACAGGAGCUGCUAGUUUUCCAGACAAGUCUCCUGGUACCUUAAGCAAAAGAAGAGCAUCGAAUGGGAACGCUGACUUGGCUAGAAGCCCCCAAACAACAAGCGCUUUGAAUAUUUUGAAGAGGAGCUCGUCAAAUUUGGCGGGAAAAUCAAGCACAAAUCCGCCUUUGAAGAAACUGAAGUCACAAGAAACGACAAACACCUCCAAAUCACCAGAAAACAAAAAGACAGAUCACAACGCGCUCUUCACUUCGGGGGCUCAGGAAUCAGUGUUAAGUCAACAUUCAAAUUCAUAUUUUCCAGACAAGAAAAGCAAAGAUAACAGGAAAGCACAAAAAUCAAAUACCAGUCAGUUUACUCCUCUGGCUGAAAGAAUGCGACCUAAGACCUUAUCUGAGUAUGUCGGUCAGUCUCAGGUGUUAGGAAAUAACAGUCUUUUAAGAACCUUACUUGAGGCCAAUGAAAUUCCUUCUAUGAUCUUCUGGGGUCCUCCUGGUUGUGGCAAGACCACUCUGGCUCACAUUAUAGCCAACUCUGCCAAAGCCAGUAACAAAGCUCGAUUUGUACCGCUGUCAGCGACCACAAGUGGCAUAAGUGAUAUCAAGGAGGUAGUGAAAGUGGCAAGAAAUGAACUACAAAUGUUUAAACGCAAAACAAUUUUGUUUGUGGAUGAGAUACACAGAUUCAAUAAACUUCAACAGGACACCUUUCUUCCACAUGUUGAAAAUGGAACAAUUACAUUGAUAGGAGCAACUACAGAGAACCCGUCUUUCCAGCUUAACAAUGCUCUGUUGAGCCGCUGUAGAGUCAUAGUGCUUGAGAAACUUACAGUGGAUCAUGUUGAGCAAAUCCUGCGAAAUGCCAUGCACAGUAUGGGAGUGUUAGUUGGUAAAGGGGAUUCCCUAGAUAAGAGGCAGAGAAAUCUUGCACCUAAGGACAGUGAUCAUCUUGUUGUCAUUGAAGAGAAAGCUAUUACAACUUUAGCAAACCUGUGUGACGGCGAUGCCAGGAUUGCUCUGAAUGGUCUUCAGCUUGCGAUACAAUCACAAGUAGCUGCAGUGAAACAGAAAACAAAGGGACACGACAAUGAACUUAACGGCCCAUCUUCAUUGCAACAAAAUGGAGAAUGUAACCUACUAGACUUCAGCUCUGCUGAUACUCAAGGAUGUGACGAGAAACAGAUUGUUUGCGUCAAUGUGUCGCAUAUUAAAGAAGGCCUUCAAAAAACACACUUGCUUUACGAUAGAAAUGGUGAAGAACAUUACAACAUUAUUUCUGCACUACACAAGUCAAUAAGAGGGAGUGAUGAGAAUGCUGCUCUGUACUGGCUUGCCAGAAUGCUUGUAGGAGGAGAAGACCCACUCUAUGUAGCUCGUAGGCUGGUGCGAUUUGCCAGUGAGGAUAUUGGCUUGGCAGAUCCACAGGCCUUGAACCAAGCUGUCGCAGCUUACCAAGCUUGCCAUUUUAUCGGAAUGCCAGAGUGUGAUGUGAUCCUCGCCCAAGCUGUAGUCUACCUUGCCAGAGCUCCAAAGUCCAUUGAGAUAUAUAAUGCAUACAGUGAGGCUAAGAAGUAUGUGAGUGGCUGGGAGGGUCCUCAGCCAGCAGUGCCCUUACAUAUCAGGAAUGCUCCAACUAAGCUGAUGAAAAGUUUAGGAUAUGGUGCGGGGUACAAGUACAAUCCUGCAUUUGACGAACCUGUUGAUCAGACGUAUCUGCCUCCAGAAGUACAGGGCGUUGACUUUUUUUCUUGGAGCAGGAACAAGUCCAGUAAAAAAGACUUGUAGAAACUUGCUAUGCUCUUGUCAUAUCAAACAAAAACGUUGUCAUUAAUUAUUCUUAAAUUCACAGUCUUUAGAUCUUUGUAGGACAAGUAUAAACAUGCUAAAGAAAAGGUCCAUUUAUAGAGCAACAAUCAAUAAGAGAGUAAACUUGUGUUUAAUAGUCUUUUCAAUUAAUUGAUAAGAACAUAACAAUAGAGAAGUUAAAAAAAUUAAAUAGUAUUUUAUCAAGUAAUUUUAAGAUAUAAAAGUCUGAAAUGAAUUGCUUGUUAAUUUUGUAAUGAUGUUUUGUUAUCAUAGGGUGCAUUCCUUUGGGAUGAUCUGGAUCA